GCGGCGGGCGGAGGUCGCGCCAAGAUGGCGGGCGUGCCGGCGGUGCGCAUCAGCAUCGAGUCGGCGUGCGAGAAGCAGGUGCAGGAGGUGGGGCUGGAUGGCAGCGAGACCUACCUGCAGCCGCUCUCCAUGUCCCAGAACCUGGCGCGCCUGGCGCAGCGCAUCGACUUCAGCCAGGGCUCCGGCUCGGAGGAGGACGAGCCCGGUUCGGCGGGCCGCGCCUGGGCCGAGCCGGGCGAGGCAGAGGAUGAGGAAGGGUUGGUAAAGUUUCAGCCGUCCCUCUGGCCCUGGGAUUCAGUGAGGAACAACUUAAGAAGCGCCUUGACUGAGAUGUGUGUUUUGUAUGAUGUUCUUAGUAUUGUCAAGGAUAAGAAGUUCAUGACUCUAGAUCCAGUUGUGCAGGAUCCUCUCCCUCCAAAACAGAAUCCUCAGUUCCUGCAGCUGAUUUCCAAAAAGAAGUCAUUAGCUGGAGCAGCUCAAAUCCUGUUGAAAGGUGCAGAAAGAUUAUCCAAAUCCGUUGCAGAAAACCAGGAAAAUAAGCGGCAAAGGGACUUCAACUCUGAACUGUUGAGACUGAGACAACACUGGAAGCUGAGAAAAGUGGGAGACAAAAUUCUUGGUGAUCUGAGCUACAGAAGUGCAGGUUCCCUUUUUCUUCAUCAUGGCACAUUUGAGGUGAUAAAGAACACUGACAUUGACUUGGAUAAAAAGAUACCUGAGGAUUACUGUCCUUUGGAUGUUCAAAUUCCAAGUGAUUUAGAAGGAUCAGCCUAUAUAAAGGUUUCUAUUCAAAAACAAGCUCCAGACAUUGGUGACCUUGGGACAGUCAAUCUUUUUAAAAGACCCAUGCCAAAAUCAAAACCAGGCUCCCCACAUUGGCAGACAAAGUUAGAGACUGCACAGAAUGUUCUUCUGUGUAAAGAAAUUUUUGCCCAGCUGUCACGAGAAGCUGUUCAAAUCAAAUCACAAAUUCCUCACAUUGUUGUGAAAAAUCAGAUAAUCUCCCAGCCUUUCCCAGGUUUGCAGCUGUCCAUUUCUCUGUGCCACUCUUCCAAUGACAAAAAAUCACAAAAGUCCGCUUCUGAAAAACAGAAUCCAGAGGAUCAUCUCUAUGUUCUGGAACAUAAUUUGCAUCAGCUUAUCAGAGAGUGUCAUAAGCAAACCUUGAGCUCAACAGUGAUGCCACAUCCAGCUAGUGCACCUUUUGGCCAUAAAAGAAUGAGACUUGCAGGACCUCAGGCUUUUGAUAAAAAUGAUAUCAGUUCUUUACAGUCGAAUGAAGGACUUCUGGAAAAGAUAAUAAAGCAGGCAAAACAUAUCUUUUUGAGACGCAGAACUGCUCGAACCAUUGACAGUCUGGCUAGUCGUAUUGAGGAUCCUCAGAUUCAGGCCCACUGGUCCAAUAUAAAUGAUGUUUAUGAAUCCAGUGUUAAAGUUCUAAUAACUUCUCAAGGAUACGAGCAGAUAUGCAAAUCCAUUCAACUACAGCUGAACAUCGGAGUUGAACAGAUCAGAGUUGUGCAUAGAGAUGGAAGAGUUAUCACGUUGUCUCAUCAAGAGCAAGAACUGCAGGAUUUCCUUUUAUCUCAGAUGUCACAGCACCAAGUCCACGCAGUGCAGCAGCUUGCAAAAGUUAUGGGAUGGCACGUGCUGAGUUUCAGUAAUCACGUUGGUCUGGGGCCGGUGGAGAGUAUUGGCAACGCAUCAGCAAUAACUGUAGCAUCACCCAAUGGGGACUAUGCCAUUUCAGUACGUAAUGGUCCAGAAAGUGGCAGCAAAGUGAUGGUUCAGUUUCCACGGAGCCAGUGCAAGGAUCUCCCCAAGGGUGAUGUGCUGCAGGACAACAAGUGGAAUCACCUCCGAGGGCCAUUCAAGGAGGUGCAGUGGAAUAAAAUGGAGGGGCGUAACUUUGUGUACAAAAUGGAGCUCCUGAUGGCUGCCCUCACCCCCUGCUGAGACCCCCUCAGCCUCUCUCUGGGUGCUGGAGCCAUCGCUGUGCUGUGAACAGUCACUGCCCCGUGCAGCAAAGGGGAAGGGAACCCAAGGGGCAAUACAAGAAAGCAAACCCAAAUCAGUUUCCUGUACAGAUAUGUCCAUUGUAGUGUUUGUAAUAAAACUUUUUUUCAACAACAUACAAAAUACAACUUUUUGAAGAAGUUCCUUUCAGCCGGGUCUUUGCAGAUUGCUCUAUCUAGAGUAACAUAGCUGAGUAAUUAAUGUAUUUUUCUUUUACAAAAUGGAAUUCAGUGGGCUUUUGCUACACAGAAGGUGUGUGCUCAGUCAUUCCCUUUCCUGUCGUGCCCUUACCUGUUCUUAGUAGAUCUUUGCGAGUAUUUGUGAAAAAUAAAAAUUGCAAGAAUUAAACUAUUCUAUUAAUAAGCCUUUCACUGGCUUACACCACUAUUCUUGUGGAAGGUAAUGGGCUGGUUUGAGAAGUGGGACAACAGAGGAGAAGUAGAGCUCCCUUGUCAGAAUUAAGGCUAAACAAAGCUUAAGAAUCAAGAAAGAGUCUUCAAUGCCUGACAUUCUUGAGUUUGUACGUUGAUGCGUCUUCUGGGUGACACAUUUCUUUUUGAGACACAUUUGCUUAGCAAUUUGUUUAAGUUGAGAGUGUUGGAAGUCACAGCUUGUGGCAAAGGUCUCUGUGAUUACUACAGAUGAGCCUAUGUGGUGUUGGUUACUUUGCUUGUGUUUCCCUGCUUUUUGCAAGCUUGUAGAGGAAAGGGUCUUACUCUGCUUACAGAAUUCUGACCAUUUAUGGGUGACUUCUGUAAAUUCAUGUCUAGGUAGAAGCAGGUGACUUACGCAGUAGACCUUGAAUCUCCACGUGUGCUGGUUUUUUUUAUUAUUUUUUUUUCCCCUGCACUGUCACUGAUUAUCAUCCACGGAAACAGUAAUAUCCUUCUGAAGAUCACUUCUUGAAUUAAUUGAAAAUAAAAAAGUAAUGUUUUGA